GUUUUCUUCAGAAAAGAAAGACACCAAAUUUCACGAGUAUCGAAAACUCAGGAGAAGGAAGGAGUAGAAGACAAAGCAAAUACGCAUAAGCUACGUAUAUGCAUACCUUCUCAACCGUAUGUGGUUCUUCUCUUCUUCCCUGUUUGGAUUUCAGUUCACAGGAAGUGUUUAAACCUAGGUAGUAGUAGUUUAAUGGGAGUGAUAAAGGAUGGAACAAUCUCAGGGGUUCUACCACAAAAUCAGGGAUUUGUGGUCCAUUAUCCUGGGUAUCCAUCUACGGUUUCUCGUGCCGUGGACACUCUAGGUGGAAUCCAAGGCAUCCUUAAGGCUCGCAGUUCGCAAGCAAACAAACUAGAGCUCUGUUUCCGCCCUGAAGACCCGUAUUCGCAUCCUGCAUUUGGGGAGCUUCAUCCCUGCAAUGGUUUUCUUCUCAAAAUAUCCAAGAGAAAACUUUGCAGUGAGCAUGAUGCCAAAGCUAAUGGAAGUGUGCCUGGAAAUAUAACGGAAAAUGAGAGGCAAGCUGAUCAACCAGAAAGUGAGGGAUUAACCGAGGAUGAUAAAGUCGAGGAAUGUAUAUCUGCAGAUAAAGAAGCAAACCUUUGUGCUGAUGUUGUUGCUCAUGUUUCUGAGGCUUACCAUUUUAAUGGAAUGUUUGACUACCAAUAUGUUGUUCCUGUUCAUGCGGAAGUUGCCCAGAGGAAAAAGAGAAAUUGGUCAGAACUUGAGGAACCACACUUCGGUGAGGGUGGUCUUAUGGAUGUGGAUCAUGAGGACAUUAUGCUUAUUGUGCCUCCACUUUUUGCUCCGAAGGAUAUGCCAGAAAAUUUAGUCUUGAGAGCACCUGCUGCAUCAAGUUCAAAAAGGAAACAAGAGGAAAUUGUACAACCACAUCUUGAGAUGGACACAGAGCCAGUUCUUGCAAUUGGUUUUGACAUUAAAGAGGUUCCUAAGAUAGUGAAUUGGGAGGAAUAUAUACCCCAAGGUUCAGAUCAAUGGGAGUCACAGAUGGCUGUCUCUAGAAUGUUUGAUGAGCGACCUAUUUGGUCCAAAGAUUCAUUAAUUGAACGCUUGCAUGAUAAGGGAUUAAGCUUUUCACAUGCCAUGCUUAGAAGGCUUCUAUCCAGAAUUUCUUACUAUUUUUCCAGUGGACCUUUCUUAAGGUUCUGGAUCAAGAAAGGAUAUGAUCCACGCAAGGAUCCCGAUUCUCGCAUCUAUCAAAGACUUGAUUAUCGAGUACCAAUCCCAUUACGAAGUUACUGUGAUGCUCACUCGGCCAAUACAUCAAAACAUAGAUGGGGGGAUAUAUGUGCCUUCCAUGCUUUCCCUUGCAAGUUCCAGACAUCUUUACAGUUAUUCGAGCUUGUUGAUGAUUAUAUUCAAUCAGAAAUAAAUAAGCCUCCCUUGCUGGCAGUUUGCACCUUUGCAACUGGAUGGUUUACACAAAACAUGCUCAAUUGUAUUAGACAACGUAUCAUGGUGAGGUUCCUAUCAGUAUUUCCAAAGCCUGGUGCAGAGAAUUUACUCAGAUCUGCCACUGCAAAGUUUGAAAAAAUGAAAAGGGACUACAGUAAGAUUGCCACAAAGCCUGAAGGGGAGGGUAGUGAACAAUCUAAUUUAGGUUUGGAAGAGAAAGGUGAGGCUGACAAUGUUGAUGAUGAAGAAGUAGCAGCAGCUGAGGCUAAUAAUAGUGAUGAAGAAUGGGAUGCUUAUGAAGAACUUGAUCUGGUUGGAGAUUGUGAAAUACCUCUGCCGUCUCAUCCUAAUCUCAGCAUGGAGAAUCUUUCAAGGACUCAUUUACAGGAUCUUUUUGUUAGCUUCCCCUAUGAUGAAAAUGACAAUAACAAGGCACAGGAGAUAGGAAGUGAUGAAGAGUAUCAGAUAUACCAAGAAGACAGUGACAAAAACAAUUCCGAUUAAUGAUUGCUGCUGCUACUAUAUAAAAUUGUCAUAUGCACGUAUCUCCUAAAAUAGUUUUCCAUGUAAAGCAGUAGAGUGGUAGAAAGAGAAUAAUGGCAACGUGGCUUUUGUAGAACACAUGAAUAUGAAGAAUGCAGUAUAGAAAGAACUCAAAUUCAUGCACAUA